CUACACAUUCCAUGUAUGUAUCCAUUAUGUGAUUCACGCUAACAUUUAUCGCCGCCACCACUAUUUAUAUUACCCAUCUUUUCUUCAUUUUACCUUAUUCUUCAUUUUUUUCCCCCUACCCUCCUCAUCUUAUAUUAUCCAUUUUCUUUCAAGCACAUAGUAAAAAAAGAAAUAAACAAAUUGGUUUGAUUUAAAUUUAUAUGGAGAAUAAUUAUUCCAUGUUGUUUCCUUGUCCUCCUUCUUCUAGCUACCAAAUUCCAAUUACAAGUGGUUUGAAUGGUCAAAGUUCAAAUGCAUUUCUUGGUUUGAAGGCUAAUAAUAAUGAUCAAAUUAUUAGUGUUAAUCAUGAUCAUGAUGAAGAUGAAAAGAGAGAUGAAGGGAGUAUUAAUGUUGUUAAUGAUCAACAAGGUGUUAAAAAGAAAGGAGAGAAAAAAGCUAAGAAGCCUAAAUAUGCUUUUCAAACUAGAAGUCAAGUUGAUAUACUUGAUGAUGGUUAUAGAUGGAGAAAAUAUGGACAAAAAGCUGUUAAAAACAACAAAUUUCCCAGGAGCUAUUAUAGGUGCACACAUCAAGGAUGCAAUGUAAAGAAACAAGUUCAACGCUUAACCAAAGACGAGGGAGUAGUUGUGACAACUUAUGAAGGAGUGCAUACUCACCCUAUUGAGAAGACAACCGAUAACUUUGAGCAUAUUUUGAGUCAGAUGCAAAUAUACACUCCCUUUUGAACCUUCUUCAUUCCACAUGAAUUAGCACAUGAAUUAAAAUCUUCUCUUUCAUGUUAAUUAGAUCAAUUUGAGGCUCUUAGUUUAGUUCCUCUCCAUUGAUACAAAAAUAAAAUUGUGUCAAUAUAUAUGUUAACUUUUUAGACAAUCUUUUUAAUUUGUUCUUUUAUUGUUGGAUAUUUAUAUUUAUAUGUAAUGUAAAUUCAGCUAUUGAGUUCGGCAUGCUGAUAAUAAAAAUAUCUUUUAUUUAUU